AAGAGAAAACAAAAAAGGAAAAAGGAAUAAAAUAUCUCUCACGGCUCAACUACAAAAUUUCUUUCAUCUCUGCGUCUCCUCCUGCCCCCACCUCUACUCCCAUCCGAUCGGAGCUCACCAUGCAUUCCAUGAUCUUUUCACCGUACACACUAACGCCAUCAAGUUCAUCGAUCAUACCACUAACAUCUCUCAAAUCCAAAUCAUUCAUCACCGCAUCUCCAAAUUUUUGGAGAAAGUCUCGCUCUGAUUCUGCUUCGGUGAUAUGUAAUGUUUCAGGAACUUCAUCUUCUUCUUCUAUCACUGAUUUCGAUCUGUAUGAUCUGCUCGGCGUCGAUAGUUCCUCCGACCAUUUGGCGAUAAAACAGGCGUACAGGUCACUGCAAAAGAAAUGUCAUCCGGAUAUAGCCGGAGCGGCGGGACACGACAUGGCAAUUAUUCUCAAUGAAGCCUAUGCUGUUCUAUCUGAUCCUCUUUCACGUUUCUCUUAUGACAAGGAGCAAGCUAAGGUUGCAGAUUUCAAAGGUUAUACAGGGAAACCAAUAUACUCCGUAUGGUAUGGAUCCGAGAGUGAGCAGAGAGCUAUCUUUGUUGAUGAAGUCAAAUGCAUUGGCUGCUUAAAAUGCGCCUUAUUUGCCGAAAACACAUUUGCAAUUGAAUCUGUUUAUGGUAGAGCUCGAGUCAUUGCUCAAUGGGCUGACUCAGAAAACAAAAUUCAAGAAGCCAUUGACGCAUGCCCUGUUGAUUGCAUCUCAAUGGUGGAGAGGUCGAAACUUGCAGCAUUAGAGUUCCUGAUGUCAAAGCAGCCACGUGGCAAUGUUAGAAUUGGUGCAGGAAAUACCGUCGGCACUCGUGUAUCAAAUAUCUUCGUUGAGGUUGAUAAAUUCCAAGAUCAAUUUCAUGCAGUCAUGGAGAAACAAUCUUCAAAGCAUUCCAAGGAACAAGACCUACAUUGGGAAGCACGGAUGUCUGCAAUUCAAGUCAUCAGAUCAUUCACAAACUGGUUAUACUGGAAACCACCCAUUCCAGGAAUGCCUGCAUCUCAAACAUCUAGAAAAUUAUUACAAAUUCCAGAAAACUGCACACAAUCAAACUCACCAAACAUCAACAAGCUCAAAGAAGCUGUUGCUGCUCGAAAACAAUCACAAACAGCUACAAAACCAAAACCAAACGAUUCACCAGAAUACUGGACUCCAUCGGCAUUCAUCCUCCCAGAAUCAACAAAGAACAAUUCCGACCCUAAAGCUUCACCUAAUACGACAACUAGUAAGAAACCUAAGGGGGAAUCAUACAGUGAUAAGUUUGUGGGUUCAAAGAUUCGAAGGAGGAGUAAUGGUUAUGAAAUUGGUGUUCCUGUUGGGAUGGCUGUUGUUGCAGCAGUUGUAGUUAGGGUAAAACUUGGAGAUGCUUCUGGUGGUGGAAUUGAAACACAUGUUGGUGGUUCGUUGUUACUGGAUGUGGUUAAUAGUUCGUGGCUGCAAGUCAUUCUGGCUGGUGUUACGUGGUAUCUUGUUGGUAUGGCUGCGGUUGAACUCUUAGCAGUCUUUAGGAUAAAAUCGGAUGAUACUCUAGAAUGAAUAAAAAAAAUAAAAUAAUACAGUACUAUAUGUUAUAGGUUAAAUUGGGUUAGUCUUAGGUUAUGAAUACAUACUCCAUGAAUUUACUGAAAUGGAACCUAGUGCUAGUGCUUAUCACUUGAGAUUUAAACACUAAUAAAUACUAUUAAAUAAUAGACUAAAUAGAGUGAGUCUAUGAUCAAGCUUCAAUUUAAAGAUGGUCUUGGUCUGCCAUUCAAAAGAACCGGUGUAACCUACAUGAUCUUCAUACUUUACAAAUUUUAGUAAUUAUAUAUUAAAGGGUUAAUGUCACUCUUAUGCUUCCAACUUUAGGUUUUCGAUCUCUUUUGAUCACUAUUCCUUUUUAAUAUUCUAAGCGAUUAUUUAGAAGAUAAAGAGGUCAUCCGGUUGCAAAGCUUAGAUGGUAUGUAUAUGGCAUGACAUUUUGUUAAUCAAAGAUUACACAUGUGGCGCCGUACACACAUGUUUUUUUUUCUUA